UAGGAGCCCAGAAAAGAAAAUUCACUCUUUUUUUCUUUUUCCUGGAUUUUUCUGCAAUAGAAAUUUUUAGUAUUUUAAUCAUUUGCCGGCACCAACUUGAUGAUCUUUCUCACAUUUCCUUGUCCUUUUGCUUUUAGAUAUUUACGUGUUGUAUUCUGCUUUUUCUCUUUGAUUUCUGUAUAUGAAAUCAUGAACCUUUCUUGUCAUCCUUCAUCUUUCAAGCUUCUUCUACACUUAAAUUAUCAAUUUGUCCUUUGCUGAAGAUAAACUCACUGAUACCAUUUUGUAAUAUCUCAAAAGAUUGAAACCCAAAUUCAUAGCCAUGUUUGACCAGUAAAGUUCUACUGUGUUUGAUCAUUUUUGCUUCUUUUCCGCCCUUUUCCAUUCAAUCCAUGUCUGUCUAUCGGCUACCUGAGGGCUCUUCUGGUAGCAAACUAGCUAUGAAGCCUCCUCCUCUUCUUCUUUUGUUUCUGCUUAACAUGAUCGUAUCUUGUCAACCCAUAUCAGCGAUUGAUUUUGUCUUCAAUGGCUUCAAUUCUUCAAGCUUGCUUCUCUAUGGCAAUGCCACCAUCGAAUCUAAUAUUCUUUCACUUACUAACAGAAUAUCUUUUGCAGUUGGUCGUGCUUUAUACCCAUCAAAAAUACCCACCAAAGCUCCUAAUUCCUCUUAUGUAUAUCCAUUCUCUACUUCUUUCAUUUUUGCUAUGGCUCCUUACAAGAACGUUCUCCCUGGACAUGGCUUCGUUUUCAUUUUUGCCCCAUUUACUGGGAUCGAUGGCACAAACUCUGCCCAGAAUUUAGGCUUGUUUAAUCGGACGAAUGAUGGUAAAUUCAGCAAUCAUGUGUUUGGGGUCGAGUUCGAUGUGUUUGCCAACCAAGAAUUCAAUGACAUAAAUGACAACCAUGUUGGUAUAGAUCUGAAUUCCCUGACCUCAAAAUUUGCUGAAGAUGCGGGAUAUUGGCCUGAUAAUGAAAAGGGUAACAGCAAGUUCAAGGAAUUGAAGCUAAAUAAUGGUGAGAAUUACCAAGUUUGGAUUGAUUAUGCAGAUUCUGUCAUUAAUAUUACUAUGGCUCCUGUUGGCAUGAAAAGGCCUAGUCGGCCUCUGUUAAAUGUUUCUCUUAAUCUUACUGAUAUUUUUGAGGAAGAGAUGUAUAUUGGGUUCACUUCUUCAACAGGAAGACUCAUUCAGAGUCACAAGAUUCUGGCUUGGAGCUUUAGCAAUUCCAAUUUUGCAUUAAGUGAAAGUUUGAUUACAACUGGGUUGCCAUCGUUUGUGCUGCCGAAGGAUCCAGUUUUUAAGUCAAAAGGGUUCAUUGCAGGAGCCACAGUUGCAAGUUUCCUUGUUAUUGUCCUUAUUGCUUUGAUUGCUCUGUUCUACAUUAGGAGGAAGCAGAGGAGGGCAAGAGCAAGAGCUGACAUGGAGGACUGGGAAUUGGAAUAUUGGCCACAUAGAAUUACAUAUCAGGAAAUUGAGGCAGCAACAAAAGGAUUCAGUGAAGACAAUGUAAUUGGAGUUGGAGGAAAUGGGAAGGUGUUUAAGGGUGUGUUACCAGGAGGAACUGAGGUUGCAGUGAAGCGAAUUUCGCAUGAAAAUGAUGGGAUGAGAGAAUUUUUGGCUGAAAUUUCUAGCCUUGGAAGAUUGAAGCACAGGAGCUUAGUUGGGUUGAGAGGAUGGUGCAAGAGAGAAAAAGGAAGCUUCAUGUUAGUGUAUGAUUAUAUGGAAAAUGGGAGUUUAGACAAGAGAGUGUUUGAUUGUGAAGACAAUAAAAUGUUAAGCUGUGAAGAGAGAAUAAGGAUAUUGAAAGAUGUUGCUUCAGGAGUAUUGUAUUUGCAUGAGGGAUGGGAAUCUAAAGUCCUACACAGAGACAUUAAAGCAAGCAAUGUGUUACUUGACAAGGAAAUGAAUGGAAGACUAGGUGAUUUCGGCCUAGCUCGGAUGCAUAGCCAUGGUCAGCUACCUAGCACCACAAGGGUGGUCGGAACGGUGGGGUACUUGGCACCUGAGGUGGUUCGCAGUGGUCGUGCUUCAGCUCAAACAGAUGUGUUUGGUUUUGGUGUAUUGAUUUUGGAAGUGAUGUGUGGAAGAAGACCUAUAGAAGAAGGGAAGCCACCACUUGUAGAAUUGGUAUGGAAAUCAAUGAUGGAAGAACAAUUGCUGAGUGUGUUUGAUCCAAGGCUGAAGGCUCGAGGAGGAUUUGAUGAAGACGAAGUGGAGAGAGUGCUUCAUUUAGGCUUGUUGUGCACAUACCCUGAGCCGAGUUCUCGACCAACAAUGAGGCAAGUGCUGAAGAUUUUGGAGGGCAAGAAUGAGAGUAAUGAGGCUGAGAGUGAAGAUAUAGAUGCAUAUCUGCUCCAACAGAUGAAUUCUGAAACAAUGUGGAUGAAUUAUUCAGAGAGUUCAGGGUUUUCAUCUCAUCCAACAUUUGAAGAAAUUAGAAAAUCCAAAUCAUCUUCCAUGUCAUUCUCUUGGACCAAUAGUGUGGUGGAGGAUUUUCGAAGCGAAACAAGGUUGGGUAAGCAGCUGCCCAAGUGGGGACAAAUGAGAUCCAACAGCACAUAAUGUUUGGGAUAGGUAGAGAAGGAGAUUUGACAUAACUUUUUUUUUUUUUGUUGGGCGGGGGGUUUCGAUUCUUAUUUGUUGAUGGGUAUUGUAAAGAAGAUUUCUUUAUUUUAUUCCUUUUUUUUUUCUAGAAAAAAGAAAAAGCUUCCUACUUGUUUGUAUCAGGUGCGCAGUAUUUGGUUUAAAUCGAAAAAAUUGAUCGAAUCGAACCGAUUUAAAAAUUUGGUUCGGUUUUUUA